AUGUUCAAAUUGAUCGCUGUAUUCUCUGCUCUCUUCGCCGUUGCCUCAGCUGGCUACUUGGGCCAUGGUUAUGGUUUGACUGCUCCCGCCUAUGCUACCUCUUAUCAUGCCCCUGCCGUGGUUGCUGCUCCCGUCUAUAAAUCUUAUGCUGCCCCCAUUGUCCAUGCAGCCCCUGUAAUUAAGACCUAUGCUGCACCCGCCCUUGUACAUGCUCCCGUGGCCACCUCUUAUGCCAACACCUAUAAAAUCUCUCAAAAAGCCUAUCCCGUAGUACAUGCUGCUCCUGCUCUUGUAGCCGCCCCCGUCAUUAAGUCAUACGCUGCACCAGCUGUCAUUGCUGCUCCCGCCUAUGGUUUGGGUCAUGGUUAUGGUCAUGGUUUGGCUCUCGGCCAUGCCAGCUAUGGUCACUCCAUCUAUCAUUAA